AUGAUGGAACGUGAACAAAUUGUAGAAUAUAUUCAGGAGACGCCUAUUAUUCCCAGAAGGGUCAUUCAAUAUUCGGUUCCGAGGCAAACCAUCGCGAAGCCUAGCCCUCACGUCGAAACUUUGGUGGCAUCUAAUACUUUACAGGACUUGAAUUUGUCCCAUCAUCCGGUCAUCCAUGAUCCUUUGCAAGGUAAAGAGUAUUCAACUCAAAAAUACUCAGGAAAGACGAACAACCAAAGAUUAAGUUUCGAGGAGCAUCAAAAUGAGCAACGCCAAAACUCUAUUGGGUUGAUUAAAAGAGUGAACACUUUUUUCAAGAAGAAGUCGUCAUCGAGAAAAAAUAGUAUCAAAUCAACUGGCGGUGUCAAGCCAGAUGAUGAAAUUCAGAUUCCAAAACAACAUGAAAAAAAAGCUGAUCCACCACCAGCACAGCCUGCUUUAAGGAACUUGCCUAAAAAACAUGAGGAAAAUAGUAAAAGACAUGGCCUGUUUUCUUUUGAAGAGACACCUCCCGUGGAAGUGCCGAGGCAGGAGUAUCCAAAUGCCAAGAAUUUAGCGCCGGAUACAUCAUCUCUUAGAAGAAUCAAAUCGUCAUCUGGCAGUUUUGUCUCGUUAGAACUAAGUAAAGCGAAGUUUGCUACUUUGGAGCCUGCGCCGUUCAAGAAUCCCACUGAAAGACAAACCCCGCAACCUCGUGAACAAAGGAAUGGUUCUGCAACACAAAACCCAAAUAUAACCUCAAUGAAGGACCAAAAAAAAAAUCUUCAAAUGGAACAAAACAGGCUAAUCAUUGAAAUCAUACACCUUGAAAGCCUACUAAACGAUCACAAGAAGGGUGUUCCCUACAUUACUAAAAACAAAUGUGAAGAAAAAUCACCCCAAAAAGAUAACUCCACCUUGGCAAGGGCAUCAUGCUCAACGCCUCCCGAUACUAAAUCCCUAACUGAAAGAACCCUUUCCUCUUCUCUCAGACGUGACUCUCUUGGCGACGGGCCCAUUAUCGAUCUCGAAGGUUUUGAAUUUGAAAAGCAUGAUGAUCCUCUUAGGGAUAAAUGGAAUGCUUUGCAGUCUCUGGAAAACAUCUUUGAGUCCAAAUUCGAAUCUGCACCCAAACCAAUCCAGGGAGACGAAUUCGCCGCGAUUAAAGAAAGAAGAUUUCAAAUAGCGAAGAUAAGUAAUCUCUGCUUUCAGGUAGAAGAAUCUAUCAAAAGAAGGCAAGAAUUGGAGGGCAAACUAAGAGAGAAUUCGCAAGGUACUGACGGCGAACUGCUUUUCUUGAUGAUGGAAAGUAAAAGAAGACAAAAAACUCUUUCAGUAGUACAGCUGCUUUCCAAGAUAAUCAGGGAGAAAUCCAAAAGGCUUACCGCAGAAGAGCAAAACUUCGUGAACCAAAACGAGGUGAAACCCCUCAUUUCAGAUCUUUCAGCCAAGAUAAAUAGGUUGAAUUCCAUCCUAGAGAUGAAGAACACUUGUAUCAGAAAGCUAAGUAAUCAAUAA